GGACGGGGGAGGGGAAGUUGCGUCUCGGCCAGGAGGCGGUGAGGGGCGCUGAUCCCGGCUGCGCCAGCCGCCCCCGCGCGGGGAGACCAUGAGCUCGGCCGGGAGGCGGCGAGGGCGGCCCAACAGGGGCGGGGGCAGAGGCAGGGGCCGAGGUGGAGGCGGCAGAGGAGGUGGAGGCAGAGGGCAGUCAAGCAAGUCUCACGCGGGUGGAUUCAAGAAAGGCUCAAGCAGAAUGUGGGACGAGGAAGAUGACUUCUGCCUCUUUGAAGAACAAAGAACUGCGCCGAGAUCAAGCUGUGUUAACAAAAGUAGGCAAACCAGACAGGGACCUGAGACGAGGAUGCCUUUGCAGACCAUACACAUGACAUCUGACAAUCAGCGAAGAGUGAAAGAGCUUCUCCGAGAACUCCAAGGGCAAGAGCUGGCUGCUACCUCAGAAAUGGCUGCCACUAGUGAGGAAGAUUGCGAUGAACCUGAUUACCUUGAUGAUGAUGAGCAAUACUGGUCAGCAGACCAAGAAGCUUCUGAAAUAACUACAAGGUUGUCUUCUGAACCAGAAGAGCACAAAAUUUUAGAAAGCGAGGUGUCUGCAUUUGCUGUGCAUAAACUUUCCAGGUAUGGGUUUGAUAGUGAGCAUUGUCGGGCAAUACUGCGAUCCUGCAAUGGUAACAUUGGGGCAUCCCUGGAACACUUGCUGUUGCAGUGCUUCUCAGAAAGGUAUGGAGAUAGGAUGAAAAUGUCUGAAGCAGCAGCUCAAGCCAGCAGGGAAGAAUGCCUGGAACAGAGACAAGAAGAAGCUUUUGCUCUCCAUUCAAUCUGUGGAGAAAAAUUUGUAGAAAGAAUUCAAAACCGAGUGUGGGCUAUUGGAUUGGACCUGGAGUACCUAACACUCAAACUCAGCAAAUCCAAACAGAGGCACAGUUCUGCCAAAGAUGUGGCAAAAGAGACUUUAAACAACUUAUGUAAAUUUUACCUCAAAGGAGGAUGCAGGUUUGGCUCAAGAUGCAAAUUUAAGCAUGAAACUCCUCCAAAACACUUGCUAAAAACAGCACAGAGUUCUGUAGAUGAUGCUCAUCUGAGAUUGAAUUAUAACACCUCUCCCUUGUAUGAGCUGGAAAUAAGAUUUUCUGAGGAUAACAAAUACCCACUCCAGGCACCUGUUGUGGCUUUUUAUUCUACGAAUGAGAAUCUACCUCUGGCUUGUCGAUUACAUAUUGCUGAAUAUCUCUAUGAAAAGGCCCUAGAAGCUGCAGAGUCUAGUGAACCAGUGGUGUAUGCUUUAAUAACCUGUUUGGAAGAUGAAUCUGAAAUAACCAAGUUACUUAGUAAUACUUUCCACAAGUAUAGUGUUCCUCCUUUGUCUUUGCUGGCAGUACCCUCCAGCGGAACGCACACAGACAUUUGUAAGCCAACAUCUCCAGAUAAUUCAUCUGUUGUAACUCAGAUUUUGGAAGUCACAAAGGAGUCAGAACCUGAGGAGGAAGAGGAAGAGGAACCUGAAUCAGUUGUUGUGGAGAAUGAAAGUUAUGUGAACCUCAAAAAGAACCUGUCCAGGAAGUAUGACAUGCAGGCGAAGUCUCUGUAUAAUGAAAAUGUUAAAAUCUGCAAGCAAUUCCGAAUAAAAAAGUCUUCUAGGCACUUCCAGUCCCUGUUGCUAGAAAGACAGAAGCUUCCUGCGUGGCAAGAACGUGAAAACAUUCUUGAUAUGUUGCAAAGACACCAAGUGCUUGUUGUGAGUGGUAUGACUGGAUGUGGGAAAACCACUCAGAUUCCACAGUUUAUAUUGGAUGCUUCAUUGGAAGGUCCUCCAAAUAGAGUAGCCAAUGUCAUCUGUACUCAGCCUCGCCGGAUCUCUGCUAUUUCUGUAGCUGAACGUGUAGCCAAGGAGAGAACAGAAAGAGUUGGUGUUACUGUUGGAUACCAGAUCCGCUUAGAGAGUGUGAAGUCUUCAGCUACCAGGUUGUUGUACUGCACUACUGGUGUGCUGCUGAGAAGACUAGAAGGAGACAUGACUUUACAGGGAAUCACCCAUGUUCUUAUUGAUGAAGUUCAUGAAAGAACAGAAGAAAGUGACUUCUUGCUGCUGGUUUUGAAGGAUAUAAUAGUUCAGAGACCAGACCUGCAUAUCAUACUGAUGAGUGCCACCUUGAAUGCUGAGCUUUUCUCCCAGUACUAUAACUCGUGUCCAAUUAUUAACAUACCAGGUCGAACAUUUCCUGUGGAUCAGUUUUUUCUAGAAGAUGUGAUUGCGAUGACGAGAUAUGUCUUAGAGGAUGGUAGUCCAUAUAGGCGAAACAUAAAGCAUGGUUCUAAUGAGAAACUUAGAGCAAGACACAGCAGAACUGCUCUUGAAGAAGUAGAGGAGGAUCUGAGGCAUGCUGGCCUUAUCCAGGAUGACACGACUGUCAAGGAUUCAGUCCCAGACCAGCAGUUAACUUUUAAACAGCUCCUAAUACGUUACAAAGGAGUUAGUAAACCAGUGUUAAAAACAAUGGCUGCCAUGGAUUUCGACAAAGUUAAUCUUGAAUUAAUAGAGGACUUAUUGGAGUGGAUAGUCAGUGGCAAACACUCAUACCCACCAGGUGCUGUCUUAGUAUUUUUGCCUGGUCUAGCAGAAAUUAAGAUGCUUUAUGGGCAGCUGCAGUCAAAUGCCCUUUUCAAUAAUAGACAUAGUAAGCGGUGUGUUGUUUUACCACUUCAUUCCUCACUGUCCAGUGAAGAACAGCAGUCUGUGUUCCUUAAGCCUCCUGUAGGAGUCACCAAGAUAAUUAUCUCUACAAAUAUUGCAGAAACAUCCGUCACCAUUGAUGAUAUUAUCUUUGUGAUUGAUUCAGGCAAAAUGAAAGAGAAAAGGUAUGAUCCCAGCAAAGGAAUGGAAAGUCUGGAAGAUACAUUUGUGUCCAAAGCCAAUGCUUUGCAAAGGAAGGGGCGAGCAGGCCGUGUAGCUUCUGGAGUUUGCUUUCAUCUUUUCAGUAGCCAUCACUAUAAUCACCAGCUUAUAAAGCAGCAGUUGCCUGAAAUACAAAGAGUGCCUUUGGAACAACUCUGCCUCAGAAUUAAGAUCCUGGAGAUGUUUUCUGCACAAAGCCUUCAGUCUGUCUUAUCACGGCUGAUUGAGCCUCCAAGAAUGGAAUCUCUGCGUGCAUCAAAACUGCGACUGCAGGACCUAGGAGCCUUAACUUCAGAUGAAAAGCUCACCCCUUUGGGAUAUCACUUGGCUUCCCUGCCUGUUGAUGUAAGGAUUGGAAAGCUAAUGCUAUUUGGUGCCAUUUUCCGUUGUCUGGAUCCAGCAUUAACCAUAGCAGCAAGUCUGGCCUUUAAGUCACCUUUUGUGUCUCCAUGGGAUAAACGGGAGGAAGCAAAUAAAAAGAAACUGGAAUUUGCCAUAGGAAAUAGUGAUUAUCUGGCUCUUCUUCAGGCUUAUAAGGGGUGGUGCCUGAGCACCAAAGAGAGUUCUCAUGGAAGUUAUAGCUACUGCAGGGAGAAUUUUUUAUCAGGAAGAGUUUUGCAGGAAAUAGCUAGCCUGAAAAGGCAAUUCACAGAGCUACUCUCUGAUAUUGGAUUUGUGAAGGAGGGCUUGAGAGCCCGGGACAUGGAGAAGAGGUGGUUCCAAGGAGGAGAUGGUGUUUUGGAUUCUACAGGAGAAGAGGCAAACUCUAAUGCAGAGAAUAUCAAGCUGAUAUCAGCAAUGUUAUGUGCUGCUCUGUAUCCUAAUGUGGUCCAGGUGAAAACUCCAGAGGGAAAAUAUCAAAAGACCAGUACAGGAGCAGUUAAAAUGCAACCAAAAGCAGAGGAGUUAAAAUUUGUAACCAAAAAUGAUGGAUAUGUUCAUAUUCAUCCUUCCUCUGUGAAUUAUCAGACAAAACACUUUGACAGUCCAUACCUGGUGUAUCAUGAGAAGAUCAAGACCAGCCGCGUAUUUGUCCGUGACUGCAGCAUGGUGUCAGUGUACCCAUUAGUUUUGUUCGGUGGAGGGCAGGUUCAUGUACAGCUGCAAAGAGGAGAGUUUAUCAUUUCUCUUGAUGAUGGCUGGAUUCGUUUUGCAGCAGCCUCGCAUCAGGUGGCUGAAUUGGUGAAAGAACUACGUUGUGAACUUGAUCAGCUCCUUCAGGACAAAAUCAAGAAUCCCAGCAUGGAUUUAUGUACAUGCCCCCGGGGAUCUCGCAUCAUUAGCAUGAUUGUAAAGCUUGUGACAACUCAGUAACCAGAAAUUUGCCAGUAUACUCACCACUGACAACUGCUUGAGAAAUGGAUGACAGCAUUAUUGGGGUUUCUUGGGUUGCCAUAGUGCAGCACUGAUCCUCCAGAGCUAACUUGAUGAAAUGAACCUACCUUGCAAAGUGUUUUUUCUUGAUUACUUGCAGAGCUCUGCAAAACUUUUUCUGCCAAAAAUAAAAAGGGCUCACUGUAUAGACAAAGAAAUGGGAAGAUGAUGAUCAUGCUGUAGUAAUAUAUAAACCUCUAGUCUGAGUGAAAAAGCAUAGCAUAUCUACACAAGAAUUCUGUUGAACUGCUGGGAGCAAGGGAUGUGCAUUUUUUUGGCAUAGCACUUUAACUGCUUUUUGUGAGGGAAAUUGAGGAAGUACUUUCUGUGGCUUUCAAAAUAAUUCUGGUGUACAAAGAGAGCAUCGCCCAACUGGUCAUCCCAGAAUUUUUCUGAACUUAGUAUAGACUAACUCAUGCCACUUGGCCAAGAAUUCUUUCACUCCAGGGACCUUUGAAUCAGGUUCUCAAAUCUCUUACCAGUAAGGAGACAGAGAGAUCAGACCUUGUACAAUUUAAGUUGGACAGUUUCUGGUUCAAAUAUAUAUCUCUUUAAGUUUGUGGCUUGUUUCUCCUAACCAGCUGCUUGACUGGCAGUCUGAAAGAUACCAGUGUUUGUGGGUUAAGCUGCUGAAAUCCAUUUAACUUCUGUUUUCUAGGAAUGCUUAUGUUCUUCUUCAUGUUUUUAUGUUGAAAUUGAUCUUUGUGUGGAUGGAAUCAACAGGAACGCUGAACUCUCAUCCUAAGAAAUUGUUUGGGAAAUGCACACUAGAUGAGUGGUAAAGAAGCAAAGUAUUGAGAUGUUUUAGAAAUUUUAGGGUUAUCCCUGCAAGGGAAGAGGGGAAAGCUUUUGAGCAGGGAUCAUGGAAUAUUCUGGACUGGAAAUUAAAUGUGAUGCCUUCCAUUCUACAUUAAUUUCUAGGACAGUAAAGUUGUUUCUAGCAGUGACUGUU